GUAUAUAAAUGGAUAGUACUAUACUUCGUACGUGGAGCAUCUUGUGCUAGUUACUUGUUGCUGGGUUGGUGGCAUGUGCGCGCGGAGUAGGAUGGACCGGCGACCGAUGGCUGCCCGUUCGUCGUUGACGCUCCUGCUCAGCCUCGCCCCCGCCGCCGGCGGCGUACUUCAAGUUCGCGGCCAGCGCGCGCCUAGCAUCGAAGGUUUCAUCACCAUCGACUGUGGCCUGCCGAAGCAUAGUAGCUACGUGAACAACCGCACCAAGAUACCCAUCACCUCGGACGCCGGCUUCACGGACGCCGGCUACAACCACAACAUCUCCACCGAGAUCGUGAGGUUGCCUGUUUGUACCUUCGCGUACAAGCUGCCGUGGCCAAAGCAUCGAGGUUCUACAGAAUCCACACCAACGUUCAUGAUCUGUGGCCGUGCAGUGCAGCAAUGGCCAGGGGAGGAAGGUGUGUUCUAUGCGUUGAAGGUGCUUGACGUAAUGCCGGAGGGUGCUGACAUAGUUGCAUUCAAGGAGGAGACUCUUAUUGCAGCCAUAGCGCACCGCUAA